ACCCCAAAAUGCAAAAUGAUUUGUUGUCCAAAUUGUUCUAUACUUCGCUUUUUUCCCAUGGUGUUCAUAGAUAUCUCAGCACUGGUCAAUCUUUCCACUCAUUGGCAUUCACCUUCCGUAUGGGAAUCAGUACUGUCCGUCAAAUAGUUUACAGCACUUGCCAAGAAAUUUGGGAAACAUUUUCAGAAAUACACUUGUCUCUACCUACAAAAGAAGAUUUUCUACGCAUUGCUGAUGAAUUCUACCGUACCUGGCAAUACCCAAAUUGCUUGGGCAGCAUAGAUGGGAAACAUAUUAGAAUAAAGUGCCCUGGCAAAAGCGGCUCGCUUUUUUUCAAUUAUCGUAAAUUUUUUUCAAUAGUUUUGCAGGGUGUUGCAGAUGCGAAGUAUAGAUUUGUGUGCGUGGAUAUAGGGGCGUAUGGACACCAAAAUGAUGCCGGAACAUUCCGUCAAUCUAUGUUUUAUGAUACAGUGUUUCGAAGACAGGAAUGUAUUCCUGAUCCGAGGCCGUUGCCUGGGACCAACACAGAUGCUCCUUUUGUUUUUUUAGGUGACAAAGCCUACCCUCUCCUUCCCAAUUUAAUGAGACCGUUUCCUAAAGCAUCUUUGACCCCCGAAACGAAAUAUUACAAUGAUCGGCACUCAUCUGCACGUAAGACCAUAGAAUGCACAUUUGGAAUUUUAGCUGCGAAGUGGCGUCUGCUGUGGAAACCCAUUGAAGUGGAACCGAAGCAUGCUGAUAACAUUGUUAAAUGCAUGUGUGUUUUACACAACUUAAUCAUUGAUAUUGAUGGUCCGCCACAAAUAGACAGUGGGUCACGUUUAUCUACUUCUCAAACCGGAAGGAGAAAUCUACAUAACAGCUCCGACAGAAUCGCCCAGCGAAUCAGAGAAAUGUUUAAAAAUUAUUUCCUCAAUAAUAUAGUUAGAUAA